AUGGUUGCUGUGGAAACCGCGAGCAUGGCGGCGCCCAGACAGGUGUCCAACCGCAGCGUUCAGCGCGAGGAGGCGGGAGGUUCCGUGGACUCGGCGGUCGCUACGCGGACGCCAGUGCCCGCCGUGUGGCCCUGGUCCCUAGAAAGGCUCGUGUCGCCCGCGCAGGUCGCUGAGCCGCCGGGAAAGAACCUGUGGGAACAGAUCUGCGAGGAGUGUGAAGUUGAGCUGCCUACCCUUCCAGAAGGAUAUAAAGUGAAACAGGAAGCUGCUGUUACAGUGAGCUCAGUCACACCGUUGGAGGAACUGGUUCCUCAUGGCUUCAACAUGGAGCACUAUCUCCCAGUGCACCCAUUUCCAGUAUUGCCUCCUGAGCCUUGUCCUCCCAAGAAGGCAGAAACAGUAGAGCCCAAAACCUGUUCCCCCAGAGAUUAUCUGGAAAUGUUCAUCUUUCCAGUUCUGCUCCCUGGAAUGGCCAACCUACUUCAUCAAGCAAAGAGAGAAAAGUGUUUUGAGAGGAAGAGAACCAAAUUCAUCGCCUGUGAUUUCCUGACUGAGUGGCUAUACAACCAGAAUCCAAAGAGGGCAGGGGAACCAUUCACAGAAUUCUUCUCCAUUCCAUUUGUAGAGGAAUGGCUCAAGCACCACCCUCGGCCACCAAUCCCCCUCUCCCUGCUACUGACAGAAGAAGAAGCUGCAAUCAGCAUCCAGUCCUUCUGGAGAGCCUAUCUGGUUCGCUGUGACCCUGAGAUUCAGGAACUGCGACAGUGGCAGAAGAAGCUGCGUGAGGACAAGCACAUCCGCCAGCGUGUGAAGAUCUUCUGGGCUAAACAAGAACAGAAAUUGAAAUGUAAAAUGGAGGACGAGGAAGUGCCUGCUGCCUCAGUGCCACCUCCUUAACUGACGUGUUACUCCACGCCCAACUGCAGAUUCCCGAUUACAAUUUCUUUAAAAAGCCCUAAUAUGGCAGAUACAGAGCCCUUUGCACACAGGCCAGGUUUGCUGCAGACAAGCUUAAGUGCAGUUUAGGAAAGCAUCCCUUAGCUUCUGCCUUACCCCAAAUGCUACGUUCUGAUCCACUUCUCCACCGUGUUAGGUGUACCCUUCUGAGCCACCGCAGUUGGAACACCCAGUGAUAGUGUCCCUGUCACCAGUUUUCCCACUUCUGCCAAGAUCCGUAUUUUCAUUUAUCUCGAAUCUCUGUGACAGUUCUGCCUUGGUUUUGUCAUUGACUUAAAUGAGGCUAGGCCUGAGAACUGAGUUGUGUUUUCAGCUCAAGAAGAGACAGUCAUCGCCUAGGAUUUCAAUUGUCAAAGCCCCCCCCCCCCAAGUGUUAUAGCAGCAUCCUGUUAAUGUAAUGGUCAUCUGUUCUCUGGCUGCUGCCCACCAGGAUUCUAUCAUUCAAAAGGUCCCAGACACGACUGUGGUAAUACUGGACUGUUUGACAAGCUACCACGAAUCUUAGGUAAACAGUAAAGCCUUUAUUUUCUUGUUAAGAACAGCAUUUUGAAAAUAAAAUCUAUCUGCCCAUGCUCAACAA